AUGGCAAAGGGGACUUUUGCCAUGUUGAGGGUAGGCAAAGGGGCACGUCACAUUCUAUUUCCUCCUAUGCUUGAUUGGGUGUCAGUGGUGUUGCCCUGGAGGCUAGAGAAAUUCUUAGUGGCCUCUGUUUGUGGUGGUCAUCUCUAUGAGCCAUCUGGGAAAAUCACUAGUCCAAAUUAUCCUGUUGUAUACCCAAAUAAUGCACACUGUGUUUGGGAAAUCCAUGCUGAAGGUUAUUCCUACAUAAAUCUCAUCUUUGAGUAUCUUAAACUGGAGCCACGUAAUCACUGCUCUUAUGAUUAUGUUGAAAUCUAUGAUGGGCCAGCGUAUGUAGCUCCUUUGCUAGGAAGAAUUUGCAUUUGGGAGCACCAAUCAUAUAUUUCUAAGUCAAAUACAUUGUCUGUUGUGUUUUCAAGUGACACUAGUUCUCAAAACCCUGGAUUUUUGGCUAUUUAUUUUUCUAUUCCACAAGACGUGCCCUUAAGACUGGUGAAUGGAUCAUACAGCUGUGAGGGACGCGUUGAACUCUAUUACAAAGGAGAAUGGGGAACAGUUUGUGGUGAUUACUGGGACAUAGCCGAUGCCCAGGUUGUGUGCUGGCAGCUUGGAUGUGGAGAAGCCAUUUCAGCCCCAAGAAAAGCCUAUUUUGGCCAAGGCUCGGGACCUAUUCUCCUUGAUGAUGUGAACUGUAGAGGAAAUGAGUCUAACCUGUGGGACUGCCGUAGCCUAGGGUGGCAUGUUCAUAACUGUGGCCACAGUGAAGAUGCAAGUGUCACCUGUGCAGGAAAUUAUAGUUGUGGUUCUUACCUUCCAUCUGGAUCAGGAUCAUUCAGUAGUCCCUUUUAUCCAGCACUUUAUCCGAACAAUGCAAACUGUAUAUGGACAAUAAAUACUUGGAAUGGCUCACGUAUAAACCUCAGAAUUGCAAGUAUUGAGGCAGAAUGCCCCUUUGAUUAUAUUGAGAUCUAUGAUGGAUAUAUCUACUCACGUUCCCUAGGAAGAUUUUGUAAUGGUUCCCAACGAACAUUUUUUUCUACAUCAAAUGUUCUCACCGUGGUGUUUCGCAGUGACAGUAGCGUAACAAAUCAUGGUUUUAUUGCUAACUACUCUUCGGUUUAUGCGGGAUACGAUCUCCGACUGGUGAAUGGACGUCAUGGCUGCGAGGGCCGUGUCGAAAUUGGUUCUUACAAUGGAACAUGGGGAACUGUUUGUGAUGAUUCGUGGAACCUGGUGGACGCAGGUGUGGUGUGUAGACAACUUGGAUGUGGACAGGCUGUGUCAGCCCCAGUAGCGGCAUAUUUCGGUGAAGGCUCUGGACCCAUUCUUCUGGAUGAUGUUUAUUGUAAUGGAAAUGAGCGCCACCUUUGGGAAUGCUCUAACAGAGGCUGGGGGUCCCACAACUGCCGCCACAAUGAGGAUGCUGGUGUCAUCUGUUCAGGUGGUCACCUUACAACAGAGAGACCAACUCCUCCAUGGUGGCCAAGGACAACUCCCUCAACAGAUUAUACUUGCGGUGGUUUCCUCGCACAUUCAUCUGGGUCAUUUCAAAGUCCGUUUUUUCCAUCCAACUACCCAAACAAUGCCGAGUGUGUAUGGGAAAUCCAAGUAGGAAGCAAUUCUCGUGUAUCACUUACUUUCCAAACACUUCAACUAGAAUCAUGUAAUACACAGAGCUGCCCCUGUGAUUAUAUCGAAAUCUAUGAUGGAACGCUCCAUAACUCUCCUUUGCUUGGGAAGAUUUGCUCUGGCUAUUACCAAACCUUUACAUCAACCUUCAAUAUGUUGACAGUUAGAUUUCAUAGUGAUCAUAGUAUCACAAACAGAGGGUUUUUUGCAAACUAUUACACCAUCCCAGCAAAUCAUAAUACAACUCUUCUUUGUGGACCAGAAUAUAUGCAAGCUAUAAUAAGCAGAAGUUUCCUGACCUCUGCAGGCUAUUCUCCAUUUGAUGUCCACUUGAUUGACCCAUCCUGCCCACCUAUUAUCACACCGUAUUAUGUUAUUUUCAACAUACGGUACAAUGGCUGUCAGACCAGAAGAGACGCAGAUGCUGAUACCAUUAUUUAUUCAAACCUGAUCACGGCAGCUGCUUCAGGAUACAUAAUUAAAAGGGAUAAGGAUCUUCACUUCCAUGUCAGCUGCAAGAUGCUGAAAAACACUUGGAUAGAAACAAUGUAUGUCGCUGGUGGUGUAGAAGAGAUAAAUGAAACUCGGUAUGGACAAUACGAAGUCAACAUCACAUUUUAUACCUCCGACUCCUUCUUAUAUCCAGUCUAUGACUCACCUUAUGAAGUUGAGCUGAAUCAGGAAUUAUAUCUGCAAGUUACUCUUCAUAACUCUGACCCAAAUCUGGUGCUGUUUCUGGAUACAUGUAAAGCAUCACCCAACUACAAUGAUUUUACAACUUUGACUUAUGAUAUCAUCAAGAAUGGGUGUGUUAAUGAUCCUACAUAUCAGACCUAUUAUUCCCCAAACAAUUAUGUUGUUCGGUUUUCCUUCAAAGCCUUUAGCUUCAUGUAUAAACAUCCAUCGGUUUACCUGCAGUGCAAACUGGUGGUUUGCAGAGCCUAUGAUUAUUCUUCCCGAUGUUCUCAGGGUUGUCUGAAUCUGCUUAGAUCUAAGAGAGAUACAAGCUCCUACGAGGAAAAAAUGGAUGUUAUCAUUGGGCCAAUUGAACUACAGAAGAAUGGCAUUAAGAAUAGAAAUUCUGAGGCAAAACAAGAGCUGCAAGGAAAUGCGGACCCUCCUCAUGAUUUGCAUGCACCAUACAUUGUUGCCGCAGUCGUCUUGGCAGUCGUUGUCAUGACUGUCGCAGGAUUCAUUUUGAAAAAUAAAUUGAGAAGACCAAUUCCAUAUGUAAUAAUGUGAGCACUUAAAACCUUGGGACUCAAUCCAACACCAAGUCAAGCAAGCUUAAACUCAUUCAUUUCCAUGAGUUUAGGUGCAGCUAUUUGUUGGUGGGAUUGUGGCCUUGACGGUUGGCAAGAAGAAUUUGUAUUGAAUGUGCAUCACUUGAAAAAUGCAUCCUUAUGAAGGGGGUCUCAAUAGUCUUGUGAUUUUAUCUUGAUUUUUGCUUUUACAUGAAAAUACAGAAGCGGGAAAAUGUAUUGGACACAAUCCAGCCAUAUUAAACUAUUGAAAGACCCACUGGUUGCACAGGAGGGGGCUUAAAAAUUAUGCUUAAUUCUUCCAUUGGCCUUUUUACUUUUUUACUAGAUUUUACACAUUGUCAUGAAUGUAUGUAGAUGGAUGGAUUCAGGUUAGACGAGGACCUGAAGUGCAACACAAAAUACAAAUAAAAAUUAAUCCCACCAAGUAUUCAGAACUCAAGCUAUUUUUAUGAAAUUUCUGCCAAGUUCCUUGAAGCAAUAUCCAAUAUUAGUAGUUCAGUGCUGCAUUUAGUUAAGAAUACCUUUUGUAAAUGACAUACCACAUAAAGUUUUCAUUCUGUCAAUUUGUAUAGC